AUGAGUACAGACGUUUUAAGAAGUGCUGGAUUAUUUUUCUGUCCGCUGUCGGCUUUACCUGAUCUUAUUGAAAGGGAGAGGAUUCCUUGCCUCUCAGACUAUCUCCUGUUUGACUUCGAAGUGAAACCAGGAUGGAUUCGUUAUAGUCCCAAAGAGGUUACGGUACUGUCAUGUAACGAAAUGUUUAAAGCUAUCUACCCGGUAUCUGGGAUAGCUCGAAUUCACAAUCACACUACUGUCAAGGUGAAGACCAAAGCUGAUUACGAACAGUUGGUUGCUAUGUUCAAAAAGCCCAUAAUCCUGUGUGUUACUAGAAGAGAACAGGAUAGUCAAUUUCUCGACGGUUUCGACGUGGACUUUGUUGUGGUGCUUGAUCCUUCGGAUUCCAAAAUUGCACAGGAGUUGACUAAAAUCACUGCAUUAGUCCAAAAGCAUCUCCGCAAACAAGACAAGUUUUACCUGACGGUCGAUCUGGCUGAAAGACUCGAGGAGCUAACACCUCAGAAUUUCAAGAGACGAGUUAUGUGGCUGAAUUGUUCUUUCAACGUGACAAAUUUCCGCGCUCCGAAUCCAAUCUUGUCUCUCAAUCACUUUUUCUUAUGGGUCAUGCUUCUGCCUUGCUGUAUCACCGUCGCACUACCCUACAGACUCUACAGGAAACUUCGCUGUGUUGAUGAGAAAAUAGAACUAAACGUUCACUUCCGUUUGAAAUUUUCUGAUGCGGUGCCCCUUGCGCUGUAUUUCUUCUCGGGACGUCAUCCUCUUCCAGGUCGAUACAAGACCCAAGGAGAUCAAUUUCACCUACGAGCUUGUCCAGCAACUGAACUGAUGUCGCUUCUACACGGCUGA